AUGCAACAGGAUGCUGGAUGGGUGCAUCAGCCUGGGGACGAUGCUGCAGGGGUUCCCGCUGCUAAUGCAUCCUUCGUUGCGUAUCUUGAAAGUCUUUUCGAUGAUGCGGAAGGCGAGGCUGACUGGUAUGCCCCGGUUGCACUGGAAGCUGAAUCUCAGGCAGAGGACUUUCAGUUUGUGAGGAGCGAAGCAGCCUCCUCAGCUCCAGAGCUGCCGCCUCCGGCUCUUGCUUCGCCUUAUGAUGAAUUAGAUGUGCAGAGGGAGGCUGCAGAGGUUUCUUCCCGUGUUUUCGCUGCCAACCUUCCAAAGCAGGCUUGGGAGGGGCCGACAUGCUUGAGCUAUCCUUGGGAGCGGCCGGCUAAGCGUAGAGCUACGGUGUUGGGUUUUCUAGAUGUCCUUGAACCUGCGGCAGAAGAAGCCUUGGAGGAUCAUCAGCUCGGAAAGUUGCCUCCUGUAGCUAAAGCUUAUCUCCGUCGGCUUCCUGUUGCGCGGGAAAGUUCUGAUGAGAGAACUCAUGCCCUUAAGAGGUUGAAGUUCUUGAUUAUGUGGGAUCCUGACACUACGAACUUGGCCUCUUCGCUUUCGGGAGCAGCUACAAGACUCAUGGAUGAUGCUCUCGUGCAACAGUCUUUCUCCGACGCCUUCAGGAGUAAGGCGACGGGUACUUUGUUGAAGCGUGCAGGCUCGCUUGAGCGCUACUUCAGGUGGGCCGUUGAGAACCAGGUUGCCAGCCCUCUUUCUGUCGGAGAAUCAGUGAUUUAUGACUAUUUGAGUUACUUGCGAAGUGCCGAGUCUGCAGCUACAAGCGCAAGCCACUUCGUCGAGGCACUCAGGUUUUUGCAUUCAGUGGCGAUCCUGUGUCGAAUGGACCUCUCUAGCGUGCUGUCUGCAAGGGUCCAGGGGGUGGCUCGUGACAUGUAUUUAGGAAAGCGACCAUUGGAGCAAAAGCCUCAGCUUACGGUUGAGAUGGUUUCGGCCCUCGAAAGCUUCUGUUCUCGGGCCGAUCCUCAGGAUGCUGUCAUCUGUGGGCAACUGCUCUUCUGCCUGCAUUCUUGUGCACGUUGGUCUGACGGCCAACGCUUGAAAAGCAUCGAGGUCCAGGAGCAGCAAGACGAGACUGUCCUGAUUGCCGAUGCCCUAGGAGCAAAGACUGCGACAUCUAAGGAAGCUAAGACUCGCUUGAUUCCCUACGUUGCUAUUGGCACCGGCUUGAAGCACAGCUGGGCUAGUGUGUGGGUUCAGGCCCGAAAGGAUCAGGGUUUCGAGUUUGGCGACUUCGCUCAACCUGCUUGGCUUGACAGUAAAGGAUCUUGGGGCGAGGUGGCUAUGGAUGCUGCGCAAGCAACUUUCUUUUUGCAGGAGUUCCUCAUGAAGGCGGGAAUCGAGCAAGCGGAGGCCCUGAAGAGGUCUUCGCAUAGUCUUAAGGCUACUCUCACCACUUGGGCGUCCCGAUGCCCAACGGUGGCGUUCAGUCGUGCAGAGCAGCGGUUGCUUGGGCACCACAUGAAACCGAAAGAUCGGUCUCCAUUAACAUAUUCGCGACAGGCGUUUACCAGCUUGUAUGGCAAGGUGCUCCUCAUGUUCCAUCAUAUCCGAGCCGGGAAAUUUAAUCCCGACUUGAACGAAGUUGGCCGGAUCGUCGAGGUGGCCAAGGCGGGGUCUGCUAGUGCUGAUCAAGGCGGUGGCCUAAGCAAUAACCCCGGGGGGCAAGUGGACAGCUCAUCAUCCAGUGAGUCGUCAGACGGCUCGGGAGAUCGGGAGUCUGAGGCUGCAGGAGGCGAAGAUCUCUUGCGCCGGGUGCCGUUUCGGAAUCCCGUAGACCACUCCCUCUUAAAGGUUCAUCGGCUGUCGGGCAUCGUUCAUCACCUGAAAGAGGGCGUUGUCCGGCUGCGGCCGAUCCAGAUUUUUGCUUGCAAUGUCAAAGGGCCCGAGACGGCUGACGUGAGCCGAAUCGUGAAAGAGAAAAAAGUAUGGCGAGAUCUUGUUACGCGGAAUCCAGGCGAGAAGCAGCGACCUCCUUUGGAGAACCGUCGCGCCUCGCAACCGCAUGUGGAGCCUUGCCUGGCUGUCGAGUGGGGAAUGGAGGAAGCAACCCUCGAUGUCCUCAUCGCGAGCAACUACAAGACGUUUGGCCACUUGGCAUUUGCGGUAAGUUCUUCGCCAAACACAGCUGACGAGGAGCAGGUGCAGCAGUGGGUCAAUACAGUUUUUACUCAGCCUCCUACGCCCCAGCAGAUGGCGUGCAUCAGGAAGAUGCCGGUUGCCGAACGCAUCGCUCGUCAGUCUGCCCUCGAGCGUCGGUUGACAGGAGUGAUCUUUGCUCCCGAAACCACUCCAGGGCAUUCAGUGGUUGAUCGUUUGGUAGAUAUGCUCGAGACAGGAGUCAUGGCAUAUCUUGAGCCCCACAAGUACGUCUCGCGCUCGCAAGAGGUUCAGAAUGUCAAAUCAGAGAAGUCCUUGAGCAUUACAACGGAUGGCAACUUGAAGGUGAAUGCAAAGGUGGAAACGUUAACGUGUGAGGCUAGCUCAGCGUUGACACUGCGCCAGGCGUGGUCGAGGCGGAGUAUCGCCUUUGAGCUUGCAGGCCUCGCCACUUUCACCAUCUUGGAGGGCUGGGUUCAGAAGAUGUUCAUCAUGAUGCAGAGGCCUCCUCCUGAUGGUUACGUUAGCAUAAGCUUGCAGCAGCUUUUGGCCGCGGAUCGGCAUUUGUUCACUGUUGCAGCGGAUCGCCUGCUCGGUAACCUUCAAGGUGCGCCCGGGCGAGAAAAGCCUCUCGACACAGAGGUAAAGCGCUUAGCCGAUUCGACCGAGGUGCUUCAGUUUCUUACUUGUCUUCCGAAAGCCACUAAUCCUCCUCCUCUGAAACGUCCUUGGGAGAAUGACAAGGGGGGCCAAUGGAAGGCCGAUGGCAAAGGAGGGGAGGGCAAAGGACGAAAGGGCAAGCACAGGGAGGGUAAGAGCACCGGCACCGCAAUGCAGCUCCCUCCCGGAGCUAAGGCGAAGCAUGACGAUAAGCCAAAUUGCUUUGGCUAUAAUCACGGAACUUGCAAGUUCAAAGUGAACAAGAAGAACAGCGCGGGGCAGCAUCUGGCCCCGGAGCUUUCGAAGCUGACAAUGCAGCUGUUUGCAGCUCUUCCUAGUGAAGUUGUGACGCGUAACACAACUGAGACCGAGGGCAGGGCCUUCGGUGUUGGUGCUUGGAUUCACGGAGGCAAAGGUGCGCCAAUCACAAUUUUUCGUCUUUGGGGUGAGAUUUUUGUAGAGAAUGAGUUAGGCGUUGCAGACAUGCUGUGCUUCCUUGGCAGGGGUAUAGGAUUUGACGUUGUUCCCAUCGACCACCAGGCACGGGCACCUGUGGUGCCAACAGUCCAGCUUGACCUGACACACCACGGGUGUCAGGCGCUUGGUGUGCCUGAACCUGUUCCCUUAAGGUUGCAGGCCCUCGCGGCCCAGGGCCGCCAGCAUCGCCGUCACCCGCCGUUGAUAUCUGAGUUUGCUUUCAUUCGCUCCAUGCGCAGAGAUGAGAUCCCAACAACAGGCUGCAAAGCCUUACAGCCUCCAGUUGAGGGGGUGAGUUCGGGGAGCGAGCUUUGCAGGGUGGGGUUUUAUCGUAGCCCAGAGCAAUGGGUGGACGAAGCCGUCAGCCUCGCCCACCCGAUGGAUGCUGCUGCAGCCCUUCCGAAAAUCACGUUGGAUGCAAUCUUAAAAAGCUUUUCUUCUGAUCAGAAGUCUCUGGCCCUUAAGCGUAAGAUUGCCUUGAUGAAGGCCGAGAUCCUCGCUAAAAAGCUUGAGAAGGAUGAGGAAGCUUUGCAUAGAUCGAUGCCAGAUUGGAUGCAAGCGGUUGUUCACGACAAGCGCAUCCUCCUUUGGGAAGCGUUGCUCCGCCAGUCUGAGUAUGAUGACAUGGAGGUGGUAGAUUUCUUGAAGCAGGGUGUCCCGCUAGUUGGUACUUCGGACUGCCCGCCAUGUUUUGAAACCAAGGUGAGACCAGCGGUUCUAACAGAAGCAGAGUUGAGAGCAGCAGCGCCCGACUUGCGUCGUGGAAUGAUGUCUAGGUCUUUGCAUCAGGAACCGGAGCACACAGCCCAUCUGCUGGAAGCCACCAGAGAGGAGCUCGCUUCGGGGUUCAUCCAAGGACCUUUUACCGAGGAGCAGGUUACAGCCCAUUUCGGACAUAAGCAUUGGCUGGCCAUCCGACGCUUCAUCAUCAAGCAGGGGCAAAAACUUAGGCCGAUUGAGGACUGCUGUGAAGCACAUUUGAACGAAGCCUAUGCAGCCACCAUCAAACUUCGGUUACAAGAUGCGGAUUUCUUCGUCGCCAUGGCGCUAGAAGUAGCUCGUCUAUCGGGCAACAAUCCAAAGGCCGCCCGGCCUUGGGUGGCUAAAUGCCUCGAUUUGGCCAAGGCGUACAAGCAGCUUCCUGUAGCAGGUUGUCACAGGGAUCUCGCGGUCAUCAUGGUAGAAGAAGAAGAUGGGAGUCACUCGUUUUACCUUAGCAGUUCCUUGAUGUUUGGAUCGACUUCAGCGGUCUUUGCAUUCAACCGGGUCUCUAGGAGCAUCUGGUGGCUCCUGACGAAGGUAUUGCACAUUCCGUGUUCCCAUUUUUACGAUGAUUUCCCAAUGCUCGUUCCUGAAGACAUGGGUACAGAAACGGAUGCCAGCGCCUCAAGGUUUUUGUCCCUCCUUGGGUGGCGUCAUGCCAAGACUGGAGAGGGAGGUAAAGGUCAUCCUUUCACGAGCCGGUUUGAUGUUUUGGGGCUGUCAGCCGAUGUGGCUGCGCUGCACCGUGGCACAUUGGUUCUUUCCAAUAAGGAAGGUCGUGCGGAAAAGAUCCAAGAUCUUCUUUGCAUGGUAUCGGAUGAGGGCCGCAUCACGAGGCAUCAAGGACAAGUCCUCUUGGGGCUGCUUCGCUUUGCUUCAGGUUUCUACGGCGGAAGGACGUUGAGGCAUGUAUGUGCUGACCUCAACCGCUUGGUGUUUUCGCGAGAUCAUGUCACUCCCCAGAGGCUUCGAGUUUUGUGUGACUUGGCUUCUAAAGCAUUGACGACUCUCCCGCCGAGGACGAUUACCUUUGCAGCCUGCAAGCCCCUUGUGCACGUCUUUACUGAUGGGUGCUGGCAAGACGGAGUUGCGGGUUUGGGGGCAGUAGUCUUCGACUGCGCAACGAGUCGCGGCCGCGUCUUUCAAGGCAGGCUCCCAGACAACCUUGUGAAAGCCUGGCUCAGUGAGGUUGGUGAGCAGAUCAUCGGCCAGAUUGAGCUGUACGCAGUUCUGGUUAUGAGAUGCUUCUUGAAAGAUGACCUAGCAGGCCGCCGCACGGUUUUCUGGUGCGACAAUGAGGCUGCUAGGUUUGGCUUGAUUCGAAAUGAGAGCCACAGCCGCUCCAUGGAUGUCAUGCUUCGCGCUUUCGCAAAGGUAGAAGAUGAGAGCUUGAGUUUCACUUGGAUCAGCCGAGUGCCGUCUGCUUCAAAUCCUAGUGACGCUCCCUCGCGCGGGGAUGGGCAGUCGGUGCUAAAGCUGAGUAAAGCCACUUGCGUAGAGCCUUUUCCAGACUUUCAGGACAACCAAUCUCUGGCCAUUUGA